AUGAGAACGGUGAAGAAGAUGGCUUCUGCUGCCACCAUCGCUGUGUUUCUGCUCUGCUGCUUCAUCACUGCCUCCACAGGCUCUCAGGAUGAUUGUGUGUACGCUGCAACAGGCUCAAACUUUACUGUGCCACUUAGAUACAAGUUAAAGGACUCAGAGAGCCUGAAAUGGUUCAAGGACACAAGCGUAAUCUUUUAUCGCAGACAGAAACAGGUGAUCACAUGGAAAAAUGAUGAUGUUGAUUCAACUGGAUCACUAAAGCUGACACAACUGACCAAAGACAUGUCAGGACGAUACAGACCAGAGGUUAACAGUGCCGAGGGAAUAAAUGUGGGGGGAAAUUUACUGAGUGUGCAUUUGUGUGUAUUGGACCCCGUGAAAAAGCCCACAGUGACGAUGACGUGUAUUGGGGCACAAAAAAAUGUCAGUUUUAGUUGCAAUAUUGGUCAGGGUGAGAUGAUCAAAUGGUUAAUGAAUGAUAAACAGCUGGCAGAAAAAGGGAAGACGGUGACGAGAGUGGCCAAGGACGUGGCAAACGCCCAUUUCUCUUGCAAUGUUUCUAACAUCGUCAGCUCUGAUAUCAGUCUGCCUGUUCAACAAAACUGCUAUAAGCUUGCACCUCGUCUGGAUCAGCCCUUCAAGCUGUAUGUGGAUGCAAGCCACAUUGGUGCAUUUGCUGUUCUAGUCCAGGCUGACAAGCAAGAACCCAAAUCAGAGGCUCAUGCGGCUGCUUUGCCGGCCCUGAAAGCCGAGGCUGACCUGGACUCCUGCUCUCCCCUCUACGUGACCCUGACCAAACGCUGCAACAGCUGGACCCACAACAACAACCUGAAAAAUGUCAACAGUGCUGCAGAAAAGCGAUCUCAUGCAGCAGAGACGGAGAGCACUAAACCUAAGGCCCGUUUCACUACACGGGGGAAAAUUCUCCGACAGCUUCAGCUGACAGAGCUGUGA